AUGGCGGGGAAGCGAGUUACGGGCGGCGAUGGGCGGGAGGAGGACGGCGCCAUGGUCGGGCUCCCGUCGUUGGAUCUCUCCCUCGCGUUCCCGCAGGCCACGCCGGCCUCCAUUUUCCCGCCGUCCGCUUCGGAUUACUACCAGUUUGAUGAUUUGCUGACCAGUGAAGAGCGCUCUAUCAGGGAGAAGGUCAGGGGUAUUGUGGAGAAAGAAAUCGCGCCCAUUAUGGCAGCGUACUGGGAAAAGGCAGAGUUUCCAUUUCAUGCCAUUCCUAAACUUGCAAGCCUUAGUGUUGCUGGUGGUACAAUAAAGGGUUAUGGGUGCCCAGGACUUUCAAUUACAGCCAGUGCUGUUACUAUGGCAGAAAUGGCACGGGUAGAUGCAAGCUGCUCCACAUUUAUACUGGUGCACUCCUCUCUUGCGAUGGUGACAAUAGCUCUUUGUGGAUCUGAGGCUCAGAAGCAGAAGUACUUGCCAUCCCUUGCUCAACUUACUACUGUUGGCUGUUGGGCAUUGACAGAGCCAAAUUAUGGAAGUGAUGCAAGCUCUUUGAGAACUACAGCGACCAAGGCACCUGGUGGGUGGCACAUAGAUGGUCAAAAACGCUGGAUCGGUAACAGUACGUUCGCCGAUGUGCUCGUGGUAUUAGCUAGGAAUGCAGAUACACAACAACUAAAUGGGUUUAUUGUGAGGAAAGGAGCUCCUGGUCUGAAAGCUACAAAGAUUGAGAACAAAAUCGGUCUCAGGAUGGUUCAAAAUGGUGAUAUAGUUUUUAACAUGGUGUUUGUCCCUGAGGAAGACCGAUUGCCAGGCAUCACCUCAUUUCAGGAUAUCAGCAAGGUCCUUGCUAUUUCACGCAUUAUGGUGGCAUGGCAACCAAUUGGCAUAUCGAUGGGGGUCUUCGAUAUGUGCCACCGGUAUCUGAAAGAAAGGAAACAGUUUGGAGUCCCUCUAGCGGCGUUUCAGCUGAACCAAGAGAAACUUGUCCGGAUGCUCGGUAACAUCCAAUCGAUGCUCCUUGUUGGCUGGCGCCUCUGCAAGCUUUACGAGUCGGGGAAAAUGACUCCAGGCCACGCUAGCCUAGGGAAGGCUUGGAACUCCAGGAUGGCCCGCGAGGUGGUUUCUCUUGGCCGAGAGCUGCUGGGUGGGAACGGAAUUUUGGCCGAUUUCCUUGUGGCAAAGGCGUUCUGUGACCUGGAGCCAAUUUACUCGUACGAAGGCACGUACGACAUCAACAGCCUGGUGACCGGCAGAGAGAUCACCGGGAUCGCGAGCUUCAAGCCCGCCGCGCUAGCGAAAGCCCGGUUGUAA